AUGGAUACCAAGAACGGUUUGGAAAUACCAGACGAUGCGGCACCACCUCCAUACUCGAUGAACCCACCCCCGCGGCAAAGUUCAUCCUCGCCCUUGCAAUUCAACCCUCAGUCUCUCACUUCUCACCUGCACUCACACCUUUUGUCUAUCCCUGACCGCAUAAGGCAAACUCAACAAGCACACAAUGCCCAGCAAAUCGAGACCGACAUAUGGAUCCUGGACCACUUAUCCCCUGUUAUCGAGUCGUUCUUAGCAGAUUUGGGCGCACGACGGACGGCUCCACCUUUAGCAACACUUACCCUUAUUCCAAACGGUGCGGUGCCUCCAGAUGCUGUGCUCAGUGGGAUUGAUGACAUGCUCCGACGGAACGAGAUCGGGCGAGUAUUCAGGGUCGAUUUUCGACACAUUGGAGGCGAGAAAGACUCUGGAAAUAAAUAUGGAGACAGCAAAUCUUCCAGCAGAACGGAAUCGAAUGUGAACCAAGAGUUUACUGACUGGGGCCGGUGGGAGGAGCCUGGCUCAUCAUCAUCCGCGAACUUGGAACUUCUUUGGUGGAACGACGAAGACCAAGCCCGAAGAUUAGCAUCCUUUCUUCAGCCACAGACCAGGCCCAAGAUCAAGCCCAAUACCAUAAGCCAGAGUGCAGUUCAGACUGUAGUUGAGCAGCGCAUACCAUCGGAGAAAAAGAAGAAAGGUUGGGGUUGGGGAAGGCGACGGAGUGACCAGAUUCCGGCAUCUGAGGCACAGACAACGAUCUCCCUGCCGUCGGUAUCAUCAUCUGAGCCGAGGGACGGGAGAGGGACUGUUGCUGGAGGUGACGUGGCAGGAGUCCCAGAAGACCAACAAUUAGACAACGGAAAGCGGGCGGAGAUGAGUGUUACAGCAGAAGAGGUGGCAUUCCGUCGCGAGAACGACUUUGGCAUCUGGGAGAGUAUGAGUGGCUGGGCUGUUGUAGUUGCUAUUAAAGUCUACUCAUAG